AUUCUGUUCAGAUUCUUCAUUCGAUUAGUGCACUUCGUUUAAACUUGUUUUGCAGAUAAUCAGGAUGGAGCUGAAUGCAACCGAAAUCUCCAACGGGAUGUGGUCAUGUUUCCUAGUUGACGGUGAGUUGGCACAAGUUGAGCAGAAGAUCAAGUCUUAUCGCUCAAACGAUGAGGUCAUUUCCUUUAUUCGUGGAGUGAUGGAUAAGCAUAAAUUGAUGAAGUUUAUCAAACUGAGAGGCGACCCGAAAAGCAAUGCCAGGGCAAUCGACUGUCGAAAGCGUGGAAACGAAUACUUUCACCCAAGAAUCCGACAGUACAUAAAAGCUGUUGAACUGUACAACGAGAGUAUUGCGCUGGCUGCGGACAACUCGGAAGCAUUGGCGAUGGCGUACGCAAACCGAUCGGCCAUUUGUUUCGAACUGAAGGAGUACGCGGACUGUCUGGGGAACAUCCGGUUGGCCCGGGAGAAUCCGUACCCGGCUAAUUUAUUGCCAAAGUUAGAGCAACACAACAAAUUGCGUUAUAUGAACUGCAACUAUUGCCUGGAUGACAAUUUUCUCAUUCUGAAGCCAUGUAAGGGCUGCACAAUUGCAAUGUUUUGCUCAGAUGAAUGUCAACAGAAAGCAAUGGAAGAAUAUCAUCGCUUCGAAUGUCCAAUUCUGCAGGACAUUCACAGGUUGGUCGAACACGUUCUUGUCCCUGCUCUAAGGUUAACAAUUAAGACCCUUACCACGUUCAACUUCGAUUUGGAGGCACUGCGACUGUUAAUGGAAUCUGAUGGAAAAAAUACUCCAAACGCCCUCGAUAUGGACUGGACUUCAAUCGACCUGAAAGAAACGUACGAAAUAGUGUACAAUUUGGAAUCCCAUCGAGACAAACGAUCCCCGAACCACCUGGGACAAUAUGCUAUAAAUGCCAUUAUUAUGAGUGAAAUACUUUUGCAGCGUACAAAGAUACGCGAUAACUGCAAGAACUCUAACGCACUUCGUAAUAUCACCGAGUUGCUUAUUAUGCAUCAUGCCAUGAUACUUCCUGUGAAUUCAUUUGAAUUAUCGUUCGAAGACUACGAAGACAAGGCCUGCAAAAGAGAAGUUUUGAUGGAAGGCAUUUAUCCCAUUUUAAGCAUGAUCAAUCAUUCAUGUGCACCAAAUUCCCAACCUAUGAAUGGAAGCGAUGAUAAUUUGGCUCUUUAUGUUCUACGACCCAUCAAAAAACGCUCUCCUAUAACAAUUAAAUAUUGCGUAAAAUUUGCAAGCACACCAUUACAAGAACGACGGGAGUACCUUUCAGAAAACUAUUGUUUCCAGUGCCAAUGCGAAGCCUGUGCAAAUGAUUACCCUCUGCUCGAAAAUCUGAAAGUUGUUCUGCAAAAAGACAUGAAACACGAGUCAAUUAGAUAUUGCAAACGCAACAAACAUGAUCCCAAGAGCCCAGUGGACAUGCUGAAAAUGUGUUUGCACAUGAUUAACAAGUUUGAUCAGCAUACUCCCUGCGUUGAAUUAGAGGAACUUGAGACAGAGGUAGCCAAAUAUUUCAGUGACGUGUACUGGAACAACCCGCGCAAGUUGAAGUAUAAAUCCCUCUGUAAUAUUUAA